GCGCUGCUUAGUAAAAAGUGAGUGUGCGAGUUCUAAAGCUACUUAAGUCGAUAUCCGUUUUUACUUAAUCUACCGCUAUUGCCAUAAAACUAAGCAGUAUUGACAGCGCAGUGCAUUGCCUUUUUAAUUUCAUUGUGUUAUUUUUAGCAGUUGUUAAAUUUUCGAUAUUUUGAUUCGAUGCACGCAAAUAAAAAACGAAUGGCUUUCUAAAAAUACCCACCGUCUACAUCUGCUAUUAUUUAGACUCAAGCUCAGUACGUUAAACAUUCUCGAAAAAUUGUACAAUAUACUGAUAAUACACCAGAUAACGAAUUUUUAUACUUUAACCUUUUUUGCAAACCUACAUCUAUUUUAAAUCGCGGUAUUUCUUAACGUGUUUUGAUAAGUGCGCGUGUUCGGCUUAAAAUAGUGUCAAAAUGAAAAAUAAAAGUAACAAGUUGGAUUCCAAGCUACAAACUAAACAGUUAAUCAUGUCGGAGCAAAGCAAAACCGAAAAACCAAUCGACAAGAAAAAGCUGGAGAAACAGGAAAAGGAACGGCUCAAAGCUUUAAAAAAAGGGAAAACUCUCUGCCAGGUGUGCAACAAAAAAUGUUCGGGCGAGGUGCUGCGCGUCCAGGACAAAUACUUCCACACGCACUGCUUUAAGUGCAAGGUGUGCGCGCAGUCGCUGGCGCAGGGCGGCUUCUUCAGCAAAGACGGCGCCUACUACUGCACCUCCGAUUACCAGAAGAACUUCGGGACGAAGUGCGCCGCCUGCCAGGACUACGUCGAGGGCGAGGUGGCCACCGUUUUGGGCAAAACCUAUCACCAAAAGUGCUUCACUUGCAACAGGUGCCGGCAGCCUUUUCCGUCCGGGGAGAAGGCCACCUACACUGCCAACAAGGAGGUGCUAUGCGCGAAGUGCGUCAGGCUGCCGGUAAGGGAUGCCACGCCGAAACAACAGAGUCCUACCACCAAUAGUGCUGGAGGAAAUGAAUGUGCUGGAUGCAGGGAGGAACUGAAGGAGGGCCAGGCGUUGGUAGCAUUGGAUCAACAAUGGCACAUUUGGUGUUUCAAGUGCGGUUCGUGCGGUACGGUUUUACAUGGGGAGUACAUGGGCCGCGACGGCAUGCCCUAUUGCGAACGGGACUACCAAAAACAGUUCGGUGUUAAGUGCGCCUAUUGCAAUCGGUUUAUUAGUGGAAAAGUGCUUCAGGCUGGCGACAAUCACCAUUUUCACCCGACUUGCGCCCGGUGCACCAAGUGCGGCGACCCUUUCGGCGACGGCGAAGAGAUGUACCUGCAAGGUGGCGCCAUCUGGCAUCCGCGCUGCGGACCAGGACCCACCGAGAACGGGCAAAUUUUGAACGGAACCGGGCAAGAAAACGGAAACUGCACCGAUACGGAUCUUUCCUUUUCAAUACGUUCUCGCACACCUAGUUUGAACGGUUCAUUGUAUAGUCCGACAAGCAUGUCUAGAAAGCAUUUUAGUUACCGCACACCCGUCCCCGGGAUUAAUUUUAAGGGAACCAAAGUCAGGUUUAAACGACGAUAUUUCCAGAAUAUACACUUUUAGUUACCUAACCGACGAGCCCACUUUGGGCUACCUAAAGCGUCCCAUAGACCCGUACGAUAAGACGCCCAUGUCGCCGCAUUUCCACAGACCAACGUCACAAAACUCGUUCAGAGGAAGUCAAGGGGCAGGUUCGGGGAAGAGAUUCGGUUCGAGAUCGGCCAUGAAAAUCCUGGUCGAUUCGAUAAGAAGCGAGACCCCGAGGCCCAAAUCGCCGCAUAUGAAUAACGAAGAACCGAUAGAACUGGCGCAUUUUCCUGGGGCGAAACCGCCUCUGGCCGGGGAAGCCCCCAAAAUCGAGCGCGACGAUUUUCCGGCCCCGCCUUAUCCUUACACAGACCCAGAAAGGAGAAAACGAUGGUCAGACUCUUACAAAGGUGUGCCGAGCGACUCUGAUGAAGAAGAAACGGUGGACGGGUUGACAGCUAAGGAAAUUGAAGAUAAGAAAUUAAAGAAAGAAGAAGAAGAAUUAAGCAAAAUUGCCAGUGGAAUUGGAAAAGUUUUCCUGAAAAAUGUACAAGAACGAGAAAAGGUUAAAAAACUUAGAGCUGCCCAUAUAGACCCUAGAAAUGCAUCAAGGACCCCCUUCGGCAAAGCAAGAGCCAUCUUAUAGGUUUACGCUACGACAAUCCUAUCGGCGCCUCCCCUUCGCGAAACCUCGACCAUCCUCGGCCAUACGACGAAGACGACUUCGAUCGCUCGAUGAGCUGCAGAUCGUCGAUGGGUCGUUCCAUGGGUCAGAUUACCAACUACAAUGUUGUAAGCGCCCUUCGUCACGUUCCUAAGCCGGGUUAUGGUCUGGCGCCUCGAUCGCAUACAUUCAGCUCAUCUGCCGGUAGUUACCCCCAAAUCCCUGGCGAUUAUUCGUUUAGCGGUAUGGGCGCCAAAACCCAUAGCACAGACUUCAGCUGCGGAAAAUCCGACAUUUCCACUGGAUCCAUCACCGAUGUUGAAAGGCGCGGUCUGAUAACGGAAAUGCCCGUGUCGACAACGUACGCAGGUCACUUGGGGCGGUAUCCGAUGAGCGUGGGGGGGAGCGGCGUAGGCGGCGGGUACUCGUCACAAGUGCGACGCUCCCUGCCCAACAUGGCGCACUCGAUGCUGAUCAACGAGCCCGCCAAAAUUUAUCCGUACCA